GCGUCUGACUCGCGAACGAGCCUGUGCUGUCGAGAACGCGCGCAGCAAUCAUGCCUCAUUCCUCGCUCGUCUCACCAUUGUCAGAAAACAGAAGAAGGAAUUCGUCUUUUACCGAAAGUCUCGCAUUAUUUUAGCGCUUCGUGGUGAAAAAUCUUGAAUCUUCGUAUACAAACACGUCGAUAAUUAGUUGCCCCCUCCAGUUAAUGAGUCAAAGAGGGCAACAAGACACAAGAGGGGUCCAGCUGUGUUGAUGUGUGUCGGACUCGGAGCUCAUCCUUCAUCUCGCAGGUAUAGUCCCUUUAACUUGAUGCCGGGGAUAUAAACGCUGGGAAGCCGCUCUAACGGAACCGAACAGAUGUGACUCAACGAGACUGUCUUCAUUCCCUGGGUAAGAAUGAGCAACUAGGAGCCGAAACGUGCAAGAAAGGCCUCAGGCUUGUGAUGGAACUGGCCCGGCUCUUCAUCCAGCCCCUCUAACAUCACACUGUGUCACACAGCCAUCACAUCCUCUCCCUUCUGUGCCCGUCCCAUGGAGAAUGCACGCCCUCCCAGAUAGGAUGCCUUCCCUGUCCGACGCUCUGCAUAUCCUCCUGCCCAUCACCACCUCCUCCUUCUCCUCGUGUGUACCUGCUAUCACCAACAGUUCCCUGCGGCCCCCGGGGCUCCGACCCGCAGCUCUCCAACAUGGUGGAUGAGGUAACCACCAUGAAGGAUGAUGUCAUCAACGCCAACACGCUGGCUUGGCUGGUCUGCUCAGGCGUGUCCAUCCUUGCCAACACAUGGAGCAUCCUCAGCGUCAGUGCCAAGCAGAAAAAGUGGAAACCACUGGAGUUCCUCAUUUGCACACUGGCAGGCACACACAUCCUCAACAUGGCCAUCCCAAUCACAAUGUACUGUGUGAUAACGCUGCGACGCCAGCACUCCAACUACGAGUGGAAUGAGGGGCUCUGCAAGGUGUUUGUCUCCACCUUCUACACUCUCACACUGGUCACAUGCUUCUCUGUAACCUCGCUCUCUUAUCACCGCAUGUGGAUGGUACGCUGGCCUGUGAACUACAGGUUGAGUAACACCAAGAAGCAGGCGGUGCACACAGUGAUGGGCAUCUGGAUGGUCUCCUUCAUCCUGUCCACACUUCCAGCAGUUGGUUGGCACGACACCAUUGAUCGCUUCUACACCUCUGACUGCCGAUUCAUUGUGACAGAGAUCGGGCUGGGUUUCGGUGUGUGCUUUCUGCUGCUGAUCGGGGGAAGUGUGGCCAUGGGUGUGAUCUGCAUCGGCAUUGCCCUCUUCCAGACCUUCUCUAUUCAGGCGGGACACAAAGCUGACAAGAACAAGUUCAAUGUCCCAACCAUAGUGGUGGAGGACGCUCAGGGGAAGCGCAGAUCAUCUAUUGAUGGAUCAGAGCCUCUCAAAACAUCACUGCAGAUCACCUACCUGAUAAGUGGUAUCGUUUUCAUCUACGACUUCCUGACUGGCUUCCCCAUAUUGGUGGUGAGCUUUGCCAGUCUAAAGUUCGACCGCUCCUACAACUGGAUGGUGUUGUGUGUGCUGUGGUGCUCCAUCGUCCAGUCCAUCCUACUGCCCAUGUUCCUCUGGGCUUGUGACCGCUAUCGGGCCGACAUCCGCAUGGUGUGGGAGAAGUGUGUGGCUAUCAUGUCCAACGAUGAUGUGGAUGAGGAAGACAGCCAAGAUGGAGGAAUACAUGCCGACUUAUUAAAUGACAGACCAUAUGACUAUAGCUCGUCGCCUGAAAUCGUGACGGUAGACCGUAAUGCCAAGUAUGAGUUCUCAACCUUAGAAAGGGGGGUUCUGCAAGGGUAUCCAUUGAGGGAACAACAGGAAGAUAAAAUGCAGUAUUUGCAGGUGCCCCCUACAAGAAGAUACUCCCACGACGAAACCGACAUGUGGACCAGCGACCGGAUCCCCUCAUACCUACACAGAUGGGGCUCCACCGAGGACAUGAUAGUGAGUGCCCACUACAGCUCCACCUUGCCGCGCCACGAGAGGCGCAGGAGCAGCCUGGUCUCUUACCACGAGGAGACCCACCAUCACCAUCAUCAUCAUCAUCAUCAUCAUCCCCCACACCGCAAGCGGCGACGCUCUGAGGAUAGCGUGCACUCCCUCAAACACCUGCCGCGCGUGGUUUGUGGUGGGGAGCGCUACGAGGAUGAGCUGCGGUGUUUCAGCCGCGAUGAGGUGAUAAACUUUAUAGAUGAGACACCGCUGCCAAGUCCCAGGAAGAGCCCGCGGCGCACAUCCACCAUCUCACUUAUCCCCAAUGUGUAUGAACAGCCCACAGUCAUCCUUCCUUACUUCCCCCUCACAGACUUUGAGCAUGAGCCUCAAGCACUCAGGCGGCUCUCUGAACACAAAAGAAGCAGCAGUAGUCGGGGAAACACGCCUGAGGGUACCCCCAAACCAGACAGACCUGACUUCAAAAAGAGCCCCGGGGAAUGCGGCUCCGCUAAAAGCUGCCAGGAGCGCUCACGAGACAGGAAACGGCAGUGUGAGGCGGGCACACCUGGAUGCAGCCGUCAGACUCUGGGGCAUUUUCCCUGCAGGCCCAGGACAGGUGGGGGGGCGGGUGCAGGUGCAGGUGCUGACUGGGUGAAUCAGAGGCACCAGAGCAAGGCAGAGGGCAAAGGAAGCAUAAACAGUUUUGUAAGCACACCGUCGGCAUCCUCCUCGGGGUACAUGACCUUUCACUCUGACUCUGUUGGCUCUACCACAUAGAAGUUCACAUCUUUUGUUAGUAUCAGCAGUAUGACUUAAGGUAUACUAACAGAAUCCUGGUGGUUACAGAAAAGUAACGUACUGGAUUAUUUGGCCUUUUUAAUAGUGCCAAUAUUUGGUUUGAGGUAUACCACAAUUUAAAUUCUUAAUGUAGGCUUUGAAAAGGUUGGAUGGACAUCAAGAAAAAUCCGCUGAGGACACUUUUUUCUGCAGCACUGGCACAAAUAAACCGUUUUUUAACGGUCUGAACAAUCCCACUCCUUAUUUUUGCUGUUUGAAGUUCUUUCUUAUGAAAUGUUGAAAGAAUUGUCAGAGGCAGUUGUAAUGGUGGUGCUUUUUUUUCCAUUUUGUUCCAGAUAAGGUUUAUAACAUAAAGCUGUAUUUAAUUUGGCCUUUACUGUCUCUGUGUUUUGCGGUAUGAACACAUUUGCUUUAAACCAAACUUUCCUGAAUACUACCCAUGUACCUUUGAGAUUAACUUCAGGAUAUGACAUAUUAUACAUAUUUAUUUCAUUUUGAUCACAGUAUAAAAGUUUUCUAUUAACAUUGUAAUUAGUGACACAUUUGAAGCGUUUUCUUUUUUUUUAGAGUGCCCUAUGUUUAAGUGAAUGAGAGAUAUAAUCCCUAUGCCUCAUAGUUUUACAGUUACUGUGUGAGAUACAAUGUGAAGGCCCCCUAAUUCUUAAUGCAAAUGUGAAGUAUUCUUUCAAAGAUUGGCAUGUCAUGUAUAUAUGAAGGAUAUUGGCUUCAUGGUUUAAUUGUUUUUUUUAAUGUUUAUGAACACCUUUGUUAAGAACACUUCCUCACAGUUUUUUCUCAUUAUAAUGUUUUGUGUUAACUUUGGUGAUCAUCAGAAACAACAGUUGAUCCCAACAUUCACACAGCCUAUAAUGGUGAUUAAUCCUCAUUCAAUCCGCAUGUCAGCCUGAUCUCACCUCUUAUGUGUUCCAUUAAUGUGUUAAAAAACAGAUACCAACAUGUCAAGUGGUCAAAAAAUUUGAGUGAUUACAGCCUUCAUAGAUGUAGCAUAACUCUAAAUGCUGGUAUUGUCAUUUAUCCCACAGAAAUGUUGGCUCAAAUGAGAUGAACGAUGAUCUAAGACUUCUGAAGGUCCUUUGGAGAGUUUUCUUAACAACUGAGUGACUUUUUAUAAUGCCUGAUUAUCAAAAACGUAUAGUCAAGAUAUAUAAAAUGUAGGCACCCACAGAGCUUUAGACAGGGAUGUUGUGGGAAAAGCAGAGUUUAUUUUCAUUCUUUUCCACAUUAUUUAAAAAAAAAUGUCACUUGGCACUCUCAGAAAUUGGCGCUGAUGUUAACAUUUCAAUCAAGCCAACUUUUCAAGGCCACUCUUAACCAAAACACUUUUCAUGUUUAACAAAUUGGACAAUUUGCUGACCAAAAUAAAGUGAUGAAAUGUCAUGCACUGGUAGCAGAAGGCGCUGGGCUUUUGCCUCUCUUAAUUGAAGAUUAGUUGCAAACAUAAAUUGAACUAAUUAGAAGUUUUUCAAAAAGUGACAGACUAUAUCUAAUAAGAAAAAAUCCCCUUAAACCUUAUCGUUGAUCAAUUUCUUUGCUACUACCUCCCAUUUAAUAAACUUGCAUAUACUCUUCCCAUCACUGUCAGUCAUUUAAAUGUUGAGUUUUAAUUCUCAUGUGUAAGUGUACCUCUCACUCAUUGCAACAUAUUCCGUUGAAUAAAUGAAGUAACAUGUAUUUUUCUUUGGAAUCAUUUGAUUUCCCUGUCAAACUUCGCUAUGUCAUGCAGUUUUGCACUUUUGUGUUAACAAUAUUGAAAUACAAUUUGUAAUAUAUUCAAAGAUCAAUUAUUUAAAUAUGAAAGAUGUUAGGUGUUAUGAUUUUCUUGUUUAAAUGAUGAAUUUGUUUUAAAAAAAAGAUAUGACUGAUUAAAUUCACAAGAUGAUGCUUCAA